AUGGCUAAGCUACGCCGCAAUAGCGCAAUCGUGUGCGCCGUCUGCUACUUCAUCGCCAUCAUCUUCCUGAUCCUCGUCAUCAUCGGUAACACGUCCAUCAAGCCCGUCCUCACCGACACCUACUUCUUCAAGCUCGACGUCUCCGACAUCAUUCCCCUGUCCUCGUCGACCAAUGCAGUCCUGCUCAACUCCAUAGCUCGCAGCCUUGGACUUCAUGACUUCUACCAGGUCGGCCUGUGGAACUUCUGCGAGGGAUACAAUGAUGAAGGCGUCACUUUCUGCUCAACGCCCCAGAGGAUGUUCUGGUUCAACCCCAUUGAAGUCCUCACAAAUGAGCUUCUGGCCGGCGCAACAAUUGCUUUGCCCUCGGAGGUUAGCACCAUUCUCAACAUCUUGAGAAUAGGUCAGCAAGUCAUGUUCGGUCUUUUCAUCGCCGGCAUCUCACUCAGCGCCGCCUUGCUCCUGGCCACCCCCCUCGUCCUGCGCACGCGCUGGUGGAGUCUGCCCAUCGCCAUCUUCGCCGGCCUUGCCGCUCUGCUGGUGACCGUCGCCUCCAUCAUCGCCACCGUCAUGAGCGUAGGGGCUCGGUACGCGCUCACACAGCAGGAUCAGCUCAACAUCAGCGCCCAGAUUGGUGUGCGCAUGUUCGUCUUUAUGUGGAUCGCGUCCGCGAUGACCGUCGUUGCCUUCUUGUUCCAUGCCGCCAUGGGAUGCUGCUGCUCGCCGCGGAAGGAGAGGGAGGCCGCGGCAGCGGCAACAGGAACAACCACGCCGGAGAAGACGGAGACCACGACGGCAAGCGGCGAGAAGCCUUCGAGGUUGCCGGCUUUUAUGAGAAAGCGCAGCCCUAGGUCGUCGACUUCUUGA